AUGUCAUCAUCAUCCACAACCCAUAUGGCAUCUGAUCGCGGCGAGCAGAUUCUCUCGGCCAAAAAGAAACUCCAGAAGUAUCGCGCAAAGCAAGCUCUCAUGGCUCAGAAGCGCUCCUCGACAUCCUCCUCUCACGCUCGGUCCGAUUCUGGUGCUCGUUCCACAGAUGUUCCUCCCACGACAGCCGUAGCGGCUGCUCUCUCCAAUCAGAUUGUCUCCCAGGCGCCCACCUCUUCUGUGCCUACUGCCAGUGCAUCCACAUCACACGCUCGUACUGCAUCGCGAUCCGCUCACGGCCGUGGCCACUCUCGUGCUGGCUCCAUUUCCAUCACACCUGAUCCAUUGUUCGCGCAAGCGCAGGCAAUCGCAACUAGCCCUGCCCCAACAUCAUCCUCCGUGCCUGGACGACCCGCUUCGAUCGUCGCCCCAAAUGCUAGUCGCAUGCAUUCUCGCACACACUCCCGCAACUUCUCCCUCUCGCGUCCCGUCAGCAUUUCCAUGCUCGGCGCAAAGAAGAAAGAGCCCGUCGUGCUCGCCAUCGAGCAUCGUGCCGAGACCGACAUCCCCAAAGUUUCAAACGCACAACGUCGAUCGCAGCAGUUCCUCGACUCUUCCAUCCUUUUCGGUGGGUCCGUAUCUUCGAGUCUGCGACCGAGCUCGGCCUCUACCGACCGCUUUAGCAACCUCAGCCCCGUCUCUCCAGCGCUCUUUGAUCGACCUGCAUCCCAGAGCAUGGCUGCCCCUUCCCCCUCAGCCUCAGCAGCAAAUCUGCCUCACUCUCGCCGUCUCAGCCGACAUGCCCGCACUCCUAGCGUUGCCACCAAACGUGAGAGCAUGGAGAUCAUGGGCGGUGUUGGUGCCGCCGGCCUUGGACUCGACAUGACCAACACACCUACUUCUUUGCAGUCUAUGGGAUCAUCACGACGUCACAGCUCGCGCAUGUCGAAUCUGCCAUCGGCUAGCUUGCUCUUCGCCUCUGCUGUACCAAGCUCUGCCAAUAGCAAUAGCAACCACGAUGCCCGGGUGAGCGGCCAGCAAUGGGAUUGGAGGAAAGCCAUUGCUGAUGCUGCUGAGGAAGCCGAGGAGGGUGCACAGGGGCGUCUCUCUGCACUUGACAAACUCGAAGGUCGCACAUCACCUGCGCGUUCAACCCCGGCUGACUGCGCGCCCUCUUCUGCAGGUGCCGGCUCGCGUGCUUCUCGACGUCUCUCUGGACACACGAGGACGGAAAGCAUUCAGAUCCCCAACUUGGAAGAGAUCCACCAAAACGAGAUCAACGAGCAAAGAGCCAGCUGGAAUGCUGCUCACACUCUUGAUGCUGCCCUCAAUGGCUCUGGCCCUGUGCCCAACUCUGCUCCGGUUACUUCCAGCCGCCGUGAGAGCUGGGGCCGCAGUCUCGUUCCUCCUUCCACCUCAUCGUUUCUUUCUGCCGGCUUCUCUUCCCCUGCACUGCCCAGUGCUUACCAUUCGAGCCCAGGACGACCGGACUCGAUCAUUCUCCGCCCCGAAUCACCACAACCCGAGGGACUCGGCACCCUUAUGGAGGAGGAAGAGGAGGAAGAUGCUUCAUCGCCCACUCGCGAGCGUCAGAGCAUGGACAUGCUCGCUGAUGGCAGCCUCACAGCAGAGCAAGAGGCUACUAAGCAACGCCGCCAGAUGGAGGAUGAAAUUGUCAAGCGCAAUCGACGAGCUAGUCUGGCACCAAAGCCCCUCAAGCUAAAGUCUCGUCCGCCUAGUCUCUACUUGACGCCAUCCCAGCGUACCGGGCUUGUCAGCAGUCCUUCGAUGCCUAACUCCAACCUUUCGCCACUUAUGCCACCGUCUAUCUCGGACGAGGUCACACCGAAGGCUUCGACUGCGGCUUUGCCUGAGGCUGCCAAGGGGGAGGAGACAACAGUUGGCAUGCCUAGUCGCAGCACUACCUGUCCGGACUUGUCGACGAUUGCUGCUGCCGAAGUUGAGCAGAAACCCGCUGUUGCCGAAGUGGAGGCCCAAGGUACGCAGGAUGCCACGAGCUUCGAGGCUACAGAGGUCAACGCCGAAGAGAAGGCCAACGAAGAGCAGCGACAGCUGAUGGAGCUGCAGCAGCAGAUCCUUCGUGCUCACCGCAACUCGGUCAUCGCUCCCAUCCCCACACCUGUUUCCGCCGACUCCACUUCUGCUUCCUCAGGAUCAGCCUCUUCCCGCCAAGGCAUGCGCACUUUGCGUCUCGGCAGCCAAGCCAACCUCACCUCUAUCAUGGAGGCUGGUUCUGCCGGCAAUUCGACCACUUCCGGCAGCGUCAAUGGCUCCAUCACCACCACUCCCGCCCAGCGCCGUCGCAGUCUCAUCAUGGGACCUCUCUCUGCAGCUCCCCUUGGAGGUUCCUCUUCGCGUGACAGUGACCAUGUCAACGCUUUCGGCGGCUCGUCUGCUUCCAGCCGCGCUGCACGCCGCUCAUCGAUCAUCUACAAGCCAUCUACAGCCUCAGUUCCCGAGGCCCCAUCGUCGCCUUCCGCAUCUGACUCCAUCGCUAGCCUUGGCGGUGUUCCGCUUGCUGUGCACGACGAGCUCAAGGCUAAGGCCAACUGCGAUGCAGCGCUGCUCGAGUCCACCAAGAGGCAAGUCGAGAUGCUCGAGCGUGAGCUUGCCAACGAGACCGAGCGCAGUGCUCGAGAAAAGGCCGAACUCGAACAAUGGAACUUAGACAAGGAGGAACAUCUCUUUGAUAGAGCUCAGCGAGCAGAGACUGCAGCUCGUCAAGCCCAGGACGCGUUGGACGCCAUGCGUGCCGAGUUUGAACAGACGAAGGAGCAAUUGGAGGAUCUGCAAGCUGAACGAGAGGUGUUGAAAGAUGAUAUCGAGGGUUGGCGCUCGAGGUGUCAGGAUCUGGAGAAGACUUUGCGAACAGAGAAGUUCAAGUCGGAUGAGAACAGGAAACUUCGCGCUGCAGCAAGAUUGCGUAUCAAGCAACUUACCGAUGCUAUCGAGCAAGGAGCUGGUGCUGUGCCUACUGACGAGCUUAAAGUCCUCUCUGCGUUGGAGCAGUCCCAACUUGAUUUGACUCACAUGUUGAGGAGUCCCAACCUUGGUGCUGUCAGCCCUAGUCUAGGCGUUGCUUCCUCGCCCAGCCUUGGACACGAGGACGCUCCGCCGCAGAUUACGCAGUUGCUCGCGCAAAUGCGUCAGCAGAUCUUCAAUCUUGCAGGUAGCCUUGAGCACGAGCGCAAGCAACAUGUUCACGCCAAGGAGGAGAUCGCGCGUUUGCAGCAGCAGCAGCCGUCAACACAGCCUCCUAGCGAGGAAAAAGCUUCCGCAGCCACGGAGGAGCACAGCUUCGACUUUGCUGAUGAGAGUCGAGACGAUGGCGGAAUGUCAAACUCGGAAUCAUUCAGCAGCAGCGUUCGACGAUCCAGCGGUCUUCUCGGUAAAAACAAACGCCACGUCUUUGCCUACGAUUCGUCCAUGGGCAGCUUUGGUCAAUCUCUGAGCAGUGCUUCGCUUUCGAUGCACACCGACGAAACGGCGCACACCGACAACGAUUCGGACAUGUCUGAUUCUUUCUUCACCAAGCUGCCUUCCUCUUCGGAAAGUGAGCUGGUGGGGUUGGGAAUGGGCAGCCUUCAAACUCUGGACGAGAUCGAGGAAGUCUCUGAGGUGUCCGAGAGCGUCGAAGGUAGCAACGGUACCCUGGGUGCGAGUGUAGACAAAGGAGCUGCCAGUCCAGCCUGGAUCGAUGUCGAAGCGAGUGCAGUCAGGCCUAGCUUGGAUAUGAGCGAGUCGAGCUUCGGUGCGACGUAUCAGGAUGCUGAAAAUGCUCCCCCUACUCCCGAUCUCUUCCGAUCUAACGAGACCGCAACUCGGUUCGCCAACCCGAAUGAGUACAGCAAUCAACCCUCGUCUUGCUCCAGUUCCGGCUCAGGCGAUAGUCACGCGACUCCCGCCACUCCACCUUUGCAACACGACGAGCGUACUCCUCCAUCCCCCCGACCAGAGUUCCACCGCGAAUGGAGCUUCGAAUGGGGUAAAUCUCGUUCUCGUAAGCUGCACAGCACCUCAGAAGGCGUAGAAGACUUCUUCGGGAUCCUGAACGAAGACGUUCUCCCGCCUCUGAGCAACUCGGAAGAGCCUUUGGACUUGCCUCCCAUCAUUGUGCAGGGCAAUGGCCUUCUACCAACCGCAAAGAUCAACAAAGACGGCAAGCCCAUCAGCACCACCACUUCUGGUAUGAGGGCUGCUAGUAUCUUUGGUGGCAAACGACCACCUGUUGCACGCUCAGCAUAUCUUCGAGAGAGUUUCGAUUCCACUCACCCUAACUCACAAUCUUCUGUACUGCAAGACGCGUUCAGAGGACACGAAUCGCAGCUGUCCUCUGCGUCAAGUCUCGCUGCCAUUGGUUCGAGGGCGCUGAGCAGGAUGAGUCUGCAGGGAAUCACAGGCGCAUUCUCGGGCCUGAGCGGGUACUUGACAAGUCAGCACGGUGCCGCUUCAGUCGCAGUAGGAGCUGCUAAGAUGUGCAACACUACCUCAUCGAGCGCGUUAGAAGGUGGCUUGAAUUGGGCUACUCAACGACACACAUUUGAAGAAGAGGAUGAGGAAAAAGCCUUCGACGUCAGGAAGGCUAGGUUUGACAUCGAAGGUGGAAUGAUGGUGAACUACGGUAGCAAGCAGCAGCUCUCGUGGAGCUCCGGAUCUUCUUCGCUAAAGCAGCAGGUGGGGCAGCAGGCUGGUCUGACAAGGAGGUAUGUUAAGAAAGCUUCUGUUCAGCCACCCAAAGCUACUCCUAUUUGGUUGUUGGAUUUCACUAAGAGUACUCAGGUUGCGAAUACGCCUGUGUUCACUCUCUGA